AUGGCUGCCAUUUGCGUGAAUAUUGAAAUACAAUCGAGCUAUACCAGAGCUCUGGUAUGUACGGUGUACCUCUAUCUCUGCUUUCAAUACGAAAUUGCUCUAUGGUUAUGGUGUUUCAUAGUAGCAAUUCUAAUAGGCAUUGCAAUAAUCGGAAGAUUUAAUGCUAUAUCAAAUCAGUUACAGCGUGCCACGGCAAAUUGGCCAAAGAGUCAAAUCGAUAACUUGAUUGCCAAACAUGUCGAGCUGUGCGAUUACAUACAUCAGUUCAAUAGCAAAUGGAACGAAUAUAUCAUGCUCCUUUACGGUAUUAUUAUAUAUUUGGCAGCCAUAUUAACUUACAAUGCGAUUUUCACCGAACUUCCUAGCUAUUUUCAUGCCAUCAUGUUCAUUGCUGCCACAUUUUGCAUGUUUCUUCUGGUUAUAGGAGCUUUUGCAUGCUCUCGUUUUUUUGCAUCAGCUUACGAUUCGUUUCAGGAGGUGAGAAGAUUGGGUGCUGCGAGUCGUCGAUUACACGACAAACUAAAAUUAUUGGAUUUUAUGAAAAAAUUCCGUGAAAAUAAAAUCGGAAUUAGUUGUGGAGGUUGUUUCAUUCUUUCAAAGGAGAGUCCUGUGCAGGUGUACAAUAACUUCUAUACCAUGUACAACAUGCUCUUAAGUAUCCGUGAUAUUUUGACAAACACGAAAAGAAACUGCACGCUUUUAACAGCGCAAUCGUCGACUGUUAAUUAUACAGCGUGA